AUGAGGCGGAAACCCAUCGGAAGGGAUAUCGAUCUGUGGCAUACUUCGCAAUCUACGGCCGUCGCUACAACCCCAGGAUCUCCUGUGGACCACCUCACCCACGUUUUCUACGCCUUUGCCAAUGUGCGACCGGAAACGGGCGAAGUCUACCUCUCUGAUCCCUAUGCGGAUAUAGAGAAACAUUACGCCGCCGAUUCAUGGUCCGAUACCGGCAACAACGUCUACGGCUGUAUCAAGCAGCUCUAUCUUCUGAAGAAACGGAAUCGGAACCUGAAGGUCCUGCUGUCUAUCGGAGGCUGGACGUACUCCACUAACUUCGCACAGCCAGCGAGCACGGAUAAUGGACGGAAGCAAUUUGCGCAGACGGCUGUCAAGCUGCUCCAGGACCUAGGGCUGGACGGCUUGGACAUCGACUGGGAGUAUCCUGAAAAUGACCAACAGGCCCGCGACUAUGUCCUGCUACUGAGGGAAUUGAGACAGGCUCUAAGGGAAUACAGCAAUGGUCACGCGGGAGGGAAGGAAUUUCUGCUCACCGCUGCAUCUCCUGCUGGCCCUGAAAAAAUCAACGUCCUCCAUCUCAAGGACAUGGACGACUUGUUGGACUUUUGGAACGUAAUGGCUUACGACUACGCGGGCCAGUUCAGUGCCUAUUCUUCGCACCAAGCAAAUAUUUUUGACGACCCAUCCGUUCCGAACAGCACUCCUUUCAAUACGGAUCAAGCUGUCCAGCAAUACAUCGAUGCUGGAGUGCCGGCCGAUAAAAUCGUCCUCGGCAUGCCGUUAUACGGGCGAUCAUUUGUCGGUACCGAUGGACUGGGAAAGCCGUUCACCGGUGUCGGGAGAGGCUCCUGGGAAGCAGGGGUCUGGGACUAUAAGGAUCUGCCGCAACCUGGCGCGGAAGAAUAUGUGCUGGACCGUAUAAUUGCAAGCUACAGCUAUGAUCCGGCAGCAAAAUCGUUGAUCAGCUACGACACUCCGCGCUCCAUCGAGCAAAAGGUUCACUAUAUUAUUUCCAGGGGCCUGGGCGGGGUGAUGUGGUAG